AUGCUCCUCAUUCCUAUCCACAGGAUACUCAUCGCGAUCCUCCUCAUACUCACCCUCUGCUCUGCCGCCGAAGAUACCUCCAGCGAUGCAUCAAACUCAGCUCUGUAUGACAUGGUCCCAGGCUGUGCUAAGGACUGCGUUGAUAGCUUCAUCAAGUCCGAAUAUACACCCAUGGAAUGCAAGUCACCGUCCAAUAUCAAGUGCCUUUGCCGCACCCCGACAACUAGUAGCUUGACAUUGGGGGAAGCGGCUUUGAGCUGUGUUCUGUCUCUAUGCCCACAGACAGUCAUCGCAAAGUCCAAGGCUUAUCACAUAUGCGACUCGGUAUCUGAAGCUCUUCCGAAAACGCACCAGACGAUUACCGCGACGGUCUUUUCUGAUACGAGUACAAAGAAGCCGAGUGAUGCAAAAACUAUUUUGGAGACAACAUCAACUAGCUCCGCUUCGACUACUAAACACACUUCGGAGGCCUCUGUAACAACAUCUACAGCGGACUCAGCAUCGACACCGACAUCAACUACUUCCAGUCAAGCUUCUGAAAUCACAUUCUAUGAUGCUUCUUCAUCUUCAGGGUCUCAGGUGGAACCAACAUCCUCUACUGGACAAAUUUCCAGCAGCUCUUCUGAAGAUACGAAUAAGAAAGGUGAUCAUGGUAUCACUCCAGCGGCGGUCAUCGGAAUGUCAGUAGCAUCAGGUGUGGCGGGGUCUUUCAUCAUCGGUGUCGCUGUGUUUUUCUGCUGCAAGAGGUGGCGACGAAAACAGCGGGAACAGGCGACGCCACAUGUUUUCGAGAUCGGAGGCGCCAUGUCUGAGCCUUCUGACUUUUUGAAACCCAUGCCACGGCUCCCAGCAGACGGUUCGGGCCCAGGGUCUUCAUACAGCCCAGCGGGUGACCGCGAGAUAAUACAGCGGCCGCGUACUUUCCAUUCAAUGUCAAGCGUUCAACCAGUGUCGCGAUACUCACCGCAUUCCGCUACUGUACACCAAUCGGGCCAGAGCAAAGAACCUGAAUACCAAGAACGAAUAGGUUUUGCAAUCAGCUCCGAAUCGGACUGGGAGUCUUCGCCUCGGACACAAUCGUCACAGCACAGCGUAGCACGACUACUCCCAGAUCCUAGAGCUGGACUAUACCCAAAGCCGCUUAAAUGGAGUCAUCGCCCACCUAGUGGAGAGACUCUCUUUGAAGAAGACGAAAGUCAACAAGCUGCGGCUGCGGCGGCAACAGCAGGAAUGAUGCAAAACAACUCCCCGAGACCAGGGAUCCAGCCGAAACUCGCAGGACUGCCAGCCAAUCCACGCGCAUUCAAAAAGGAACCCGCAGCAGGCAACUUCAAGCAAAGAUCCGGGGCCCCGAGUGCCCUAGCACCCCCGUUCAAUCCCAACCCAGCCUUCAGAGCCUCCACAUCAGACAGUAGCGCUGCACCCAAUGAAAGCUCCGAAACCUCCGAAACCUCACAGACCUCCUACUCCUCCCUAAACCCGAACAUUCUCUUCGCCGCCCCUGCCAACACCACCCAUACCCAACUCCAGGAGCGCAGCUUGUCACCAGGACGACAGGCGCCUCAACCCUGUCCCAGCCCAUCAUCGUCAUCAACCCUCCCUCCAGGCUCGGAGAUGGUGUCCAGGCCGCGGAUCGUCCGCGGAAAUGACAUCAGACGUGUCGAGAUUCGCAACAGUCCACGACCCCCCAGCGAAGUCGUCGCGCCAUACUGCCCAGAUGAUCUGUGGCUGGAGCGUGGACGCGCACUCGCGCCGCCGAAGCCCCGAGAACCGUCUGGGGAACUGCCGUAUCCUUCAGAUAUGUUCCCGGGUGCAGUGCAUUAUCCUGACAGUCCGAAGAAGCAAGCCGGCGCUGCGUCGAAUGGGGUUUCUCCGACUAGUCGGAAUUUGACGCCGUCGAGGAGGGGCGAUGAUUUGAUUCUUCGUGUUGAUUAG